AUGGCCACGAAUUCCAUUAAAUUGUUAGCACCAGACGUUCACCGUGGAUUAGCGGAAUUAGUCGCCAAGAGACUAGGUCUACCACUAACAGAAUCCUACCUAAAGAGGGACCCCACUGGUGAAGUUUCCUUCUCCAUCGGUGAAUCCGUUAGAGACCAGGACAUCUUCAUCAUCACGCAGAUUGGUUCCGGUAUAGUGAAUGAUCGUGUUUUAGAACUAUUAAUCAUGAUCAACGCAUCCAAGACCGCCUCCGCAAGAAGAAUCACAGCUAUCAUUCCUAACUUCCCUUACGCCAGACAGGACAGAAAGGAUAAGUCGCGUGCCCCCAUCACUGCUAAAUUGAUGGCUGACAUGUUGACUACAGCUGGUUGUGAUCAUGUCAUCACAAUGGACUUGCAUGCAUCUCAAAUUCAAGGGUUCUUUGAUGUCCCCGUGGAUAAUCUAUAUGCGGAACCCAGUGUUGUGAGAUAUAUCAAGGAGAAUGUUCCAUAUCAGGAUUCCAUUAUUAUUUCACCUGAUGCUGGUGGUGCUAAGCGUGCUGCUGCAUUGGCUGAUAGAUUAGAUUUAAAUUUUGCCUUGAUUCAUAAGGAGAGAGCUAAGGCUAAUGAAGUGUCCCGAAUGGUUCUUGUGGGUGACGUUACGGAUAAGAUUUGUAUCAUUGUGGAUGAUAUGGCUGAUACGUGUGGUACUUUAGCUAAGGCUGCGGAGAUACUGUUGGAGAAUAAGGCUAAAUCUGUCAUUGCUAUUGUUACACAUGGUGUGUUAUCUGGUAAUGCUAUUAAGAAUAUUAAUGGAUCUAAAUUGGAUCGUGUUGUUUGUACGAAUACCGUUCCAUUUGAAGAUAAGAUGAAGGAUUGUCCGAAGUUGGCUGUUAUUGAUAUUAGUAGUGUGUUAGCGGAGAGUAUUCGUCGUUUACAUAACGGUGAAAGUAUUUCUUAUCUUUUCAAACACUCACCACUUUGA